GUGCUGAAUCAGACGAGCGCGUGGUGGUUCGAGCAGACAGCACCCAUCGUGCCCAACGCCUUCCUCUCUUCGCCCGAUCCCAAUGUCACCAUCUUUCGGAAAUGCAAAGUCUUCCCCGUGGAGUUUGUUGUGCGAGGAUACAUCACGGGCACAACCAGCACGUCGCUGUGGACUGUGUACAACAAUGGGGCUCGGUCUUACUGCGGGAACGACCUGCCUGAAGGCCUACGCAAGAACGACCGCCUGGCUGCCAACAUUUUGACGCCCACCACGAAAGCGGUGGAUCACGACGAGCCGGUCACCCCAGAGAAGAUCGCUUCCCGCGGGCUCAUGACUCGGGAGGAGUUUGAAACCACCAGAGAUCUGGCGCUGAAGCUGUUUGCGUUCGGACAGCAGGUGGCGGGGGAGCAUGGUUUGAUUCUGGUGGAUACGAAAUAUGAAUUUGGGAAGGACUCGGAUGGCAACAUUCGACUGAUUGAUGAGGUGCACACACCAGACUCCAGCCGCUAUUGGAUUGCAUCCACAUACGAGCAGAGACACGAAGAGGGGCUAGAGCCGCAGAAUAUAGACAAGCGCCCGCUCAUCUCAUCACAGAGCUAUCCUGGCGGUGAGUUCCUUGCUGCUCCCACCGUUCUCUGA